AUGGCGACCGCAGUGUCUCAGGGAUCUGGUGGCAAUGCCUCCUUCAAGGACAAGGAGAAGCCCAUGGCCGUGCGGUCAUCUAAUAUUCUCGCAGCUCGAGCUGUUGCCGAUGCUAUUCGGACAUCUUUGGGACCCAGGGGCAUGGACAAGAUGAUUCAAACUCCCAAGGGACAGACCAUUAUCACCAACGAUGGAAACACCAUGUUGAGGGACAUGAGCGUUAUGCACCCGGCUGCCCGCAUGCUGGUCGAUCUCAGUGCCGCACAGGAUGUUGAGGCUGGUGAUGGUACAACUUCCGUUGUGGUCAUUGCUGGUAGUCUGCUCGGUGCCGCCGAGCGUCUGCUGGCCAAGGGUAUUCAUCCCACUGUCAUCUCUGAAUCAUUCCAGCGCGCCGCCAACGCCGCCGUUGAAAUCCUCCACAACAUGUCCCGCCCUAUCAGCCUGACCGACCGCGCUACCCUCCUGCAAGCCGCCUCUACCUCACUCUCGUCCAAGAUUGUCUCCCAACACUCCGGCCUGCUGGGCCCAAUGGCCGUCGACUCCGUGUUGAAGGUUGUGGACCCCAAGACUGCCGAGAAUGUCGACCUGCGCAACAUUCGCAUUGUGAAGAAGGUUGGAGGCACAAUUGAGGAUAGUGAGAUGGUUGAUGGUCUGGUGAUGAACCAGCCUGUCAUCAAGAGCAGCGGUGGUCCCACAAGAAUCGAGAAGGCCCGGAUAGGCCUUAUUCAGUUCCAGCUGAGCCCUCCCAAGCCCGACAUGGAGAACCAAAUCGUGGUCAACGACUACCGCCAGAUGGACAAGAUCCUGAAGGAGGAGCGCCAGUACCUGUUGAACAUGGUCAAGAAGAUCCAGAAGACCAAGUGUAACGUGCUUUUGAUCCAGAAGUCUAUUCUUCGUGAUGCCGUCAACGAACUCUCCCUUCACUUCCUUUCCCGACUCAAGAUUUUGGCCAUCAAGGACAUCGAGCGUGACGAGGUUGAGUUCUUGUGCAAGUCCCUUGGCUGCAAGCCCGUUGCCAACGUCGACUCUUUCACCGAGGACAAGCUUGGUACCGCUGACCUCGUCGAAGAGGUCCAGGCCUCCGGCGCUCGCUAUGUCAAGAUCACCGGCAUCAAGCAAGCUGCCCAGCCUACCAACCAGACCGUCUCAAUCGUCGCCCGUGGCGCCAACAGCUUGAUUUUGGACGAGGCCGAGCGAUCCCUGCAUGAUGCACUCUGCGUCAUUCGCUGUCUCGUGAAGAAGCGCGCCAUGAUUGCUGGUGGUGGUGCCCCCGAAAUUGAAGUUGCCCAGACCCUGGCUAUGCGUGCUCGUGAGCUCAGCGGCACCGAGUCUAUCUGCUGGAAGGCCUUUGCCGAUGCCAUGGAGGUUAUCCCAACCACCCUGGCUGAGAACGCGGGUCUGAACUCGAUCAAGGUCGUCACCGAGCUGCGCCACCGUCACGCCCAGGGCCAGCACAACGCUGGUGUCAGCAUUCGCAGCGGCGGUGUGAAGGACGAUAUUACCGAGGAGAACAUUCUGCAGCCCCUGCUGGUCAGCACCAGCGCUAUUGAGCUGGCUGCGGAGACCGUGAAGAUGAUCAUGAGAAUUGAUGACAUUGCUCUGUCGCGGUAA